AUGUAUAAUGUCUUUUUAUCUGUGUCUGUAUACCAGUGCUGUGCAUUUUCUAGCUCCUUCACCACCUUCCCCCAUGUGGCCGGAACAGAGCAGAACCUUCGCUUGGCCAAGCAAAUCCAGAACCAGUGGAAGACCUUUGGCUUGGACACAGCAGAACUGGUUCACUAUGACGUCCUCCUUUCUUACCCCAAUCAAAGUGCUCCCAACUAUAUCUCCAUUACCGACGAUGGCGGAAAAGAGAUUUUCAACUCAUCGUUGUUUGAACCCCCUCCUGAAGGUUAUGCAAAUAUUUCUGGAGUACUACCGCCUUAUAAUGCUUUUUCAGCACAGGGCGAGCCACAGGCAGAUCUGGUUUAUGUCAAUUAUGGACGCACGGAAGAUUUUUUCAAGUUAGAGAGAGAAAUGGGAAUAAACUGUACAGGAAAGAUUCUUAUUGCCCGAUAUGGAAAAAUAUUCAGAGGAAACAAAGUUAAAAAUGCCAUGUUGGCAGGAGCCAAAGGAAUUAUCCUUUACUCUGAUCCUGCAGAUUAUUGUGCACCUGGGGUCAAACCCUACCCAGAUGGCUGGAAUCUUCCUGGACUGGGAGUUCAGCGUGGAAAUGUGUUAAAUCUCAAUGGGGCGGGAGAUCCCCUCACUCCAGGCUAUCCAGCCAAAGACUACAUGUUCAGACUUGAAGUUAAUGAUGGAGUGGGGAUCCCCACCAUCCCAGUACACCCCAUUAGUUACCACGAUGCUGAAGUUUUAUUAAGGUUCAUGGGUGGUUCUGCAGCUCCAGACCAGAGUUGGAAAGGAAACCUCAACAUAUCCUAUAACGUCGGACCUGGAUUUUUAGAUCACUACUCCACAAGAAAAGUUAAGAUGCACGUUCAUAGCACCAGUCAAAUUACACGGAUAUAUAAUGUGAUUGGAAGCAUCAAAGGAGCAGUGGAGCCUGAUAGAUAUGUAAUUUUGGGAGGCCACAGAGAUUCCUGGGUCUUUGGGGGUAUUGAUCCCACCACAGGAGCUGCUGUCCUUCAAGAAGUUGCUCGUGGUUUUGGCAAGAUGAUGGAGAAGGGUUGGAGGCCAAGAAGAACAAUCAUUUUUGCCAGCUGGGAUGCAGAAGAAUUUGGAUUAUUAGGCUCCACAGAGUGGGCAGAGGAGAACAGCAAACUUCUUCAAACACGGGCAGUGGCUUACAUCAACACUGAUUCUUCCAUUGAAGCCCCGUUGGGCUGUGCCCACAUCCUAAUCUGCACAGAGCCCUUGGGAGAAGCCAGCUCCCCCGAAUUUAAUUAAGUAAGCCGUGAUUAAGUGGGAAGCUAGAAUGAAAGACAGAUUGCAAACAUCCAGCCUUCAGCCACCAUUAUAAGUUAAGGUAA